GGCGUUUCGGGGGCGUGCCCCGAUGGAGGGGGCGUGGCCUGGCGGCGGCCGUGGCGUGCGGCGGCGGUAGCGCCAUGUCGAUGGAGGACCCCUUCUUCGUGGUGAAGGGGGAGGUGCAGAAAGCUGUGAACACUGCCCAGGGGCUCUUCCAGAGGUGGACAGAGCUCUUGCAAGAUCCCUCCAUCGCCACGAGAGAAGAAAUCGACUGGACCACUAAUGAGCUCAGGAACAACCUGCGGAGCAUCGAGUGGGACCUGGAAGACCUGGAUGAAACCAUUAGCAUCGUGGAGGCAAACCCACGGAAAUUCAACCUCGAUGCCACGGAGCUGGGGAUCCGCAAAGCCUUCAUCACCAGCACGCGCCAGGUGGUCAGGGACAUGAAGGAUCAGAUGUCAAACUCUUCCAUGCAAGCACUGGCUGAAAGGAAAAACAGGCAGGCACUCCUGGGAGACAGUGGGAGUCAGAGUUGGAGCUCUGGACCUGACAAAUACAGCCGUCUGGACCGGGAGCUGCAAUUAGCAAAUUCACAUUUCAUCGAGGAGCAGCAAGCUCAACAACAGCUGAUUGUGGAGCAGCAGGAUGAGCAGUUGGAGCUGGUCUCUGGCAGCAUCGGGGUGCUGAAGAACAUGUCCCAGCGCAUUGGCGGGGAGCUGGAAGAGCAGGCAGUGAUGCUGGAUGACUUCUCCCACGAGUUGGACAGCACUCAGUCGCGCCUUGAUAACGUCAUGAAGAAGCUCGCCAAAGUGUCUCACAUGACGAGUGAUCGACGGCAGUGGUGUGCAAUUGUUGUCCUCUUCGUCAUCUUGCUAGUGGUGCUCAUCCUGUUUUUUGUCCUGUGAUGACAAAAACUGAACUUCCUGGGACGCCCCCUCCCCGCCCCCUCGCCCCAGCAGCGCGGGGAAAUGAAACUCUGCCCAUUUCCGUCCGCCCACAGAGAUCCCCGGCAGGAACACCCGCACGCAGCUCUCACCAUCUUUCUCCAAGGACUGCGGCUCGGCUGCGCCGGCAUCUCCCCUGGCCCCGGGGAGAGGGGGUGGAGCGCUGGGGCUGCCUCCGCCCCUGCUGCGGUGCAGCCUGGACCUGGGCUCCGGCUCUGGAUCCGUGGAGCCGGAGGGGGACCUGACCCCGCGCUUCCACCCGCUGCAGGUAGGAGCCGGUGGACAUAGAGCAGCGAGCCCUGGGGAGGAUGGGACGGGGUGAGGAGUUACUGAAUUCACUGAGCAUUACAAACUGCGUUGCCAGUGCCAGCCUCAAGCAUUACUGGGAAGGGUGAUACCCCCCAAGCCACAGCACGGGCCCUGCUCCCCGUGCCCCUCCCUGCCUCCUGUGGGCGGGCUCUGUAGCACCAAUUCACUGCCGAGAGAGCACGGUGAGUCCUACCAGAGCUUUUCUGCCCCCUUCUUGGGCAGAGGGCAGAGCUGUAGGGCCUCGUGUCCUGCCAUUGGCCACCCAGGCCCCAUCAGACACCCCAGAGCCUCAAACCUGAGGUGCUGCACACCGAGCGCUGGCAAUCAGCUGUGAGCCAGAGAUGGAGAGCCUUGAAGCUUUUAAACUUGCCUCCCUCAUUAUACAGGCCUCUAAAGCUCAUUGACUGAUGCUUUCUUUGCCCUUGUAUAACUGAGUCACUGCUUCUGUUUAACAGCUGCUUCGCUUUGGCAAGUGAUUUGCCAUGUCUAAAAUAACUUAUUUUUUUUAAGAAAAAAAAAACUUUAAAGAUUUUUUUGAUGACCAUUAGAGCCACGUUCUCUGUGCGGGUGCACGACACACAUGAUCAGAGGAACAGUGCUCAGUGAUGUAUUUUAAGUGUACAUGAACUUGUAAAUAGGAUGUCUUAAUUUUUCCCAACUGCUAUUUUUUGGACACCUCUGUUGUAAGCAACCAAAAGGCAGGAGAUUCAAAGCUAGAUCAUGUUUCCAUAUUCCUUCCCAGUCCUUUUGUUACCUCCCAGUUGUUUGUCACUCCAGUUGUCUCAGUCAGAUUCCCUACAGGGAAUGUGGAGUAGCCAGGUGGGCAGUACCAAAAAUACGAAAAAAGCUCACCUGGGCAGUAUCACUGCAGAGGAACAGGCAGCGGGACCGUGCUGCAAGCACCAAUUGUGGGGUAGGGGGUGACUCUUGAGGAAAGCAAAAACUCUUUCUUACUCCAGCCUGCUCCCAUAUUUUAAGUUGCAAACAUGAAAAGACUCAGCAGAGCCUGGCGUAUGGCUCCCAGAUGGGGCUGGGGGAGGAAGUUAAUUGGCACUGACGCAAAGACUUCUGCUGAAAUUGCAAAUCACCCCCAAAAUCAUCCCUCCCCCGCCUUAGAAUCUUGCCACCGGACGGCUUUACCUCCGGAACUGAACACUCCUCCCCCUCCCGGCUUCGCGGCUCCCUCCGAGGUCUGCGUGGCCCCCCUGUCCCUCCCGCAGGCGCUGGAUGCACAGCCGGCGGCUUGGUGCCUUCCGCAGCCGGGCGGGGCCGGACGGAGCCUCCCCGCCCGCCUGCCCGUCAGUAACCAGUAACGCACACGUGGUGCCUCGGCGCCCACCCGCACUCACGAGUCGAGUGGCUCCUUAUCCUUGCAGAGCAUCCCUGCAGGGCACAGGUGGUGUCUGCUUUCCAAGGCUGGCUGUAGCAGUGUCUGUGCCACUCACUCGGUGGGUCUGUAGCUCUCCAGAAGCAGCUUCCCAGGAGCACGGGUCUGGGCAGGGAGCAGGGCUCGCUGCUGGCUGCUGUUUGCACACCUCUGAUCCCCGUGUUACUUCCAGCGUGUUUGUGCAUCCUUUGGGAAUGAUUCCCAUGUAGGAGCACUCCUUUGGUAGUCCAGGGGGUGGCCCAGCUGCUGACAUCACCACAAGCCACCCGAGUGUCUCUGGUCCCUUUCCCCAUGUACAUUUGCUUUUCUGUCGCUGGUGGUGCCCUUGCCUUGAACACUAAAUAAAGGUGCAGCAGUGUA